AUGACCGAAUUCGAUAUAACACAGACAUAUUUGAAGUUCCUAGAAGAAGAUAAGGACAUGACCAUGCCGAUUGCGGCUAUCGAGUCGUUGGUUUCCAUGUUAAGCAUCAAACAACCAUCUACAUCUUCUGAGCUCAUCAGUUUAAUCCAAUCCAAUAUCGAUAAAUUGAAAUCGUCCAUCCCAAACAACAUCUCCCUUUCAGCUGGGUGUGACUUGUUUAUGCGAUUCGUGUUGCGUAACACCAAUAUAUACUCGGACUGGGAAAGUUUCUCCCAGAAUCUAGUAGAAAAUGGACAAUUGUUUGUAUUAAGAGCUAAGGAAUCUCGUGAGAAACUGGCGGAAUUCGGGGUUAGUUUUAUUAAAGAUGACGAUACUGUGUUAGUCCACAGUUACUCGAGAGUUGUCUAUAACUUAUUAGUCAAGGCUAAGAAGGAAAAACUAAUCAGAUUCAAGGUGUUGGUUACUGAAUCAAGACCUACUGGAAGUGGGUACUACAUGGCAGAAAAGUUGAGACAGGCCGAUAUACCUGUUGAUGUGAUUGUCGAUAAUGCAGUUGGGUAUGUUAUUCAUAAAGUAGACAAGAUCUUAGUUGGUGCUGAAGGGGUUGCCGAAAGUGGUGGUAUAAUAAAUCAUAUUGGUUCCUACCAAAUUGGAUGUUUGGCCAAGGUGAAUAACAAGCCAUUCUAUGUUGUCACCGAAUCACAUAAAUUCGUCAGAUUGUUCCCAUUGGCUCCUGAUGAUUUACCAAACAAAAUGAACCAUUUAAUUGCCAAAGCCAACGAACAAGAAGAAACCACCAACGAUUUGAAAUCACACUUUGUUGAUUUCACUCCAAGUUCUUACAUCACUGCAUUAAUUACUGAUUUGGGUGUAUUAACCCCAUCCGCAGUCAGUGAAGAAUUGAUCAAGAUCUGGUACGACUAA